ACUGAGAGUGAAUAGGAUAGGAACAGCAGAAGACAUCCAGAAUGCUAAUCCUGCUGUCGGCGACACUGUAUUCAGGAGAAAUGGAAAUCAACUGUUCGUUGUAUGGAAGGACAAGAGGAAGGUGACUCUCAUGACAAACCUGUGCAACUCGAGGACAUAUGAGAGGCGUAGGAGAGAAAGACACAGAAAAAUGUUGAGCACGAAACCCUGCGCCAUCGAACUUUACACCCAGCAACGAGCUUAUGUGUCCUGUGCCUUGCUUCCAGUGAUUCCAUAUACUCAUGGACUACAAAACAAAAUGCACCAAGGAAUACCACCACUAAACUGUGAGUAUGACAACAAAAAGUGUUCAAAAAUGCAUAAGAAGAGAAGCGACUCAGUAAUGGAAAAAUUAAUCCAGUUCUAUAUGGUAGCUGCCCCUCGGAAUUCGGUAUUUUAAGGGUUAAAACUCAAGCUAUGGAGAGUACCUUUAUGAACAUCUUACUCUAUUUUGCCCCUCAGUUGAGGGUAAGUACGGUACUUCUCAAGAAUAUUUGUUUUUCUGAUACUGAAGAUUCAUGCCACAGCAAUAAUAUAAAUAUGUUUAGAGAUCAUAUUAUAGUAAAACUUUAUAAUUAAAAAGAAUAAAUUAAAGUAGGCAUAA